UAUAAAUGUUCCCGGGAGUUUCCGAAAUCCACACUCGGUGACUUCAACUGAACAAUGUUUAACAUGAGCGAUCCCCAAUCUCUACAAAAACACGCACAGACCCUGAAUCCGAAACAGCCGAGGAGAAGAAAUAAUAAAAAGAAAAGGAAUCAUUGGGACAAUUUACCGCCAUCAACUCACAUUCAAACUUGAUUGACAAGAGACACUUUUGAGGUCUGGUGUGCUAGGUGUGGGAGCAUAUCGUGUUGUGUCUGUGGAUAGCGACUGAUUGGAUGAUGACUGCGGAGUGGCUGUAUCCCCCAGGCGUGGGGCCGCUGUGUGGUGCAGAGUUGGAGGCGUGGUAUGAAGACCUGCAGGAUAUACUGGGCUCCGAUGCGGGCGGGGCCAAACUCACAAGAGCCCCGCCUUGCUCCGAGAAGGAGCCUGAGUUUCUGGAUGUGUUGGAGAGCUGCUCGCUCACUUGGUUGACGGAGGGCCAGGUUUGGGGCGAUGGGGUUCAACGGGUCACCGACGAGCCGCCCGUCGUCCACUCGCCGGCACGACAGGAUGAGCGGAGAGGAGGCGAGCCGGAGCACACCUCGUCCGGAGGAGACCUGCUUCCACCAGAGUUCUUCGAGCUCCUCAGCGAGGGCGGCGUCGGAUCGGUGGAGACGAUGUACCAUGUUUCCCAUCACGAGUCUCCUUCUCCGUCCGCCAGCGAAGAGGAGGAGCUCCCGACCGUCCCGGACACAUCGUCCUGCUCCUCGGCGUCCCGCUCGCCGUCUCCUCCCGUCUCCACCGCUCGCCCGGGAAAGAGAAAACGAGGAGGAGGAGCGCCGUGCUCCCCGUCCCCCGGGAAGAAGAGCCGACGGGAACGCGAGCAGGAGAACGAGAGGAAGGUGCAGGAGCUGACGGAUCAGAACGAGCGACUCAAAGCAGAGAUCGAGCGUCUGGGAGAGGAGGUGCAGCGGACGCGCCGGGCGCUCAUCGAGAGACUCGUCAACACCAGGAGGUGAAGGAAUCAGCGGUGACCGGGAAAUGCACGUUAAGAGGGAGAUCAAAGACACGUGGGACAGAGAGAGGAGGCUCGCUGAGCGACUCCUGUCGAGAGAGAAAGAGGAAGUCAGAUUGAGACGGAACAAACUCCACCCGAAUGUGAAGCACAGAAGAAGAAAUUCGUUUUUUUUGUUCAGAAAAUAAAUGAAGAUUUAGUGACAUGCAUUCAAAGGCAAAUGUUACAAUGUAUGCAUGAUACAAUUUAACAAAAUAAGCCGAAUUCUAAUUUUAUUCUAAUUUUUUUUGCAGUAACUUAAAAUAACUAAUGCAAUAAAAAAAAAAAACAUUACAAAAAUCAGCAUAAAGGCAAAAACUACAAUGUAGAAAUAUUACAAUUUGACAGAUUACAAAUCAGAUGAGUAGAAUGAGCAAUAACAAAUAAAAUAAAAAAGUUUGCGUGAAGCGUAAUUUUAAUUAAAGCAAAUUAAAAUGGCUAAUGUAUAAACUAUGUAUAAAUUUAACAACUGAACUAAUUACAUUAUAAAUAAGAUUUUAAAAAAAGUAUCGUAAGCAAAUACGACAAUUAGAUUUUUUAUUAAAAAAAAGCCUAGUUAAAAAAUACAAUUUGAAAUGAUCGUUGUUGUUUUUUAAAGCAAAUGCUACUAUUUAUUUGUAACAUUAUUUGUUAAAUUGUAACACUUGUGAUAAAUGUUAGAAUUGCACAAAUGACAUUACAAAUAAUAAGAAUAAAAUUACAGCAAUUAAACGAUCAAAAACAAAGAAACUCAAAGCCUAAUUUAAGGGGAAAUCAUAUUAGCCGUAAAAAGACAAAUGCAUCAUUUAAAUGACAUGCAAAUACUGCUCUGCUGUAUAAAUGCUGAGAUGUAACGACUCGAUUAAAGAAUAAAAUGUUACAACAAUUAAAAUAUCAAAAGGAAAUAAGAAACGACCAAUUAGAAAAAUGAAGCUUAAUGCAAUAAAUUAAAAUCAUUUUAAACCAGAAAAAAAUGAGACGGUGAAACAAGUGCUUUAAAGCAUAUUUUGCAUUGCACUAAUCAAAAUGCAGCAUGCAAAAAAAUGUAAUGCUACUUAAAACCGCCUUUUUUUUUGUUUGUUUGUUUUUUUGCAUUGGGGAUGUUUUGUGACCGGUUUUGUGAGAUUGGUCUGAUAAUAUUUAUCUACCCGAAGGUUAAUCAAGUUUCUGUGUAAUUGAAAGAGCAGAGGAGUCUUGAGGGAAUGUAGCAGAACUGUGAUGAUAAAGAGCUGAUUGUAUCAGAGACGUGAUUGUAGCAGCCAGUUUCAUUCACCAAGGGCUUUAAUCGUGUAAAACCACUCCUCGCUGACAGAGAUUAGUAGCUCAGGACUGUUAUAGUGAACAAUUGUGAGCGUUUCUCACCAUCGACCCGAGGCCUCUAAGUGUGUGUGUGUGUGUGUGUGUGUGUGUGUGUGUUCAGAUGAAAUUAUGAAUGGAUAUCCGUAGGGAUUUUGCUCUCACUUUUUUCUCAGAAUUUUUAGAGCUAGUGGUUUAUAACAUACUCUCUGCCUCUGAUCAUUUCUAUUUUUCUAUACGUGUAUCCCAUAAUCACCAUGCCAUGAUUCACCUUGUACUGUAGUUACAGUAAACCUGCAUGCCCAAAUAAUGUAUUAGAGUAGAAACAUUUUUAUCUGAAUUUUAUUUAGCCGAAUAUGGAAUUGUAUUACACUCAUUUUGUUAUUAAAAUCUUAAAAUGAC